AUGGGAUCUGUCGAAGUUGUCUCGAGCCGACUAGAGUCGUUACCGCCUCGCCCACCGACACCACCUCGCGAGACGAGCCUAGCUGCUGAUGCCACCACCUCGAAGCAUCUCCUCGUUCUCCCUCCCUCCUCAGACCCUCGAUCAAGUCUCCAGACUCCACCGAGUGUAUACUCACCACUUUCCGGAGCUGACUCCACGAACCCGAGCGGACGAAGAGCAAGGAAACGUGUGGGCUUUUCUGCCAAAGCACAAUACAACGAACCCCCCAACUACCCAGGCGUAGCUGUCGCCAAACCCCGAUCAUCACCCUUGUCGGCGCCGUCGUCGACUCAGCCCAAACCUGUCAAGAGCAUCCUGAAACAAACCUCUUCACCGAGUCCUCUGAGCUCAAGCGUCAAGCCAGACAGCUUGACGACAUCGGCAAAUAUAUCAGACAUGUUGGAGUCAACGGUGAAGCAGCUCGCCGGAGCAGACAGGGACUCGAAGCGAGAUGCCUACACAACACUGGUCAUGACGCUGAAGACGUCCAACAACCUCCCAGACCGAAUCGCCUUGCAGUCUAAGAUGGGACUCUUCGUGCAGUUCACCCAGCGAGACAUCACCUCCAAGAAUGCCACCAGCGGAGGGCCAGAUGCGCCCCUUGUCAACAACGCUCUUUCUCUCCUCGCUACUUUCUUGCAUUUCCCAGCCAUUGCCUCGACGAUACCCAACGAUUUCGGCAUUUUCUUUAUAGACCACUGCAUUCGAUCCUUCGAGGAUCCUGCAACACCCAAAGACGUUGCUCGGCAUCUAAUGCAAGCUGUCGCUACGCAAGACUUCUCCGCAAAGGUCUUGACUUCGGAUCGCGUCCGCCGGUUGAUGAACGCUCUCCAUAAUAUCGAAGACAAUCUCAAGGGAAAGAGCAUCGUAAUGUCUCGAAUUCUCAUUUACAAACGUCUAGUUCAACAGUCACGCCAGUUGAUGGUGCUUCACUCCGAUUGGCUGAAUGACCUUUUUACCGACAUGUUGAGCAGGGUCAAGGAACUGCGAUCUGCUGCGAUAUCUCUUGGUCUCGAGGCGGUCUACAUAUUUGGGAAGGAAAAGUCGUUGUCUCGGAAGGUGAUGGAACUUUUCGAUACAUCCAUUGAAGAGAUGAAGUUCGCAGAGUACUACCACCAACAACUGCGAACCAUGGCGAAGGACAAGGACGACAGGCAACUCACUGCUUCAGUUCCCAAGAUCUGGAGCGUCAUAAUUGGCUUACUACGCUGCCCUCUCGACAAAUGGCAAUUCUUCAACCAGUGGCUACAGCUCAUUCAGAUGGGUUUCAAUAACAGCGAUCACCCUCAAACCAAGCAGGAGGCCAACUUUGCAUGGAACCGCUUCGUCUGGUCUAUGCAUACAGAAGGCCAAUCUUUCGUCAAGCUUCUCCCCAUACUUUACCAGCCACUAGGUAGCCAGUUGAAGUCGAAGUACACGAACAAACACACGCGAGAGGUCGUUUUCGGCAGUGUCUGCAACCUCCUCUACUACACCUUUAAGCCGGGUACGAACGUUGCUCUUCUCGAUACCUACUGGGACAUUUGCGUGAAGCCCUUAACAGAGCCACCAAAGGCGCAAGCAAGGAACCCCGACGCCGUUGAUGAGCAUAUGCGACAGAUGACACUCAUUCUCACCGGUCUGUUCGACUCGACAACACCUCGCAUUUGGAGGGAAGAGCGCAUUAGAGAGACGACUCUUGCCCGGCCCAACGAGCUUCCAGCUAUCGAUCCCAAGUGGCUUCGACGCAAUUCCGCUCGUGUGUUCCAGACAUUGGAGCCUAUCAUGGAUCGACACUUUCUUGAGCUCUCGGACAAGAACAGUCAAAUCCAUCGCUUAUGGCGCACUCUGGUUGGGGCUAUUGUCUCGGCCGCCUCUAAGGAGAUCAAGGUUUCCGUCGACACUGCGGGCUUCAUUUCCCAAGUAUGUGGUCUUUUGCUGAAACACUGGGAGAAUGGCUUGGCGGAGAUUGAAGAUCCGACUCCUGAGAUGGCGAGUAAGUUCCUGGACAGCGCUCGUGAGCUCAUCAUAGUCGCUGUAGAGGCCAUGGGUCUCCGGCCUUUUACCGAGAAGAUGAUCUCUCUUGGUCGUCUUCAUACCUUCACACCUGUGUCAACGCCGUCUCACAAGCCCGCAAAGAAUGCUGGUGACGCUCGGACUCCGCUGCAACAUCUGAUGGGCCUGGUCUCUCGGCUUCCCCCGGGUAUCCCCGACGGAGAGGAGUACGUUGAGUUCUUCAAGACGCUCUUUGCACCUUUCUUGGUUCAGAAGUCAGCAAACUCUCAAUCCGAGUUGGCACAGGAGAUGCUGUCGGUCACUCCGAUUUGGUCGCCGCCGGUCAAUCGACUUCCCUACGCACCAUUGGUCUUCGCUGCGGAGUGUCUAUUAGCAACCUUCAGCUCAUCCCAAAACAGCGCACAAACAACUAGCUCAACAGGCCAGCCCUCACUCGGUCAUGAGUACCGCACCGUAGUGCGUUUUCUGGAGCGAGGCUGGAAGGAGACUCCUAAUCUACCCUGGAAGCCCUGGUGCUCCCUCUUCUUGCAGCUGUCGACCCGUUCUAGCCAGGAGACUGGUGAAGCUGGCCGGGCUUUAGGCACCAUCGAGCCGCUUGCCAAGGUCAUCCGGGAGUCUAUCCCUGCCGAUCAUACCUCUCCUUUAUUCGCGAAGACACUUCUAGCAACAACCGAACUUCUCCAUAUUGCCAGCCUACCAUUAGACAGGCAGGCAUUGGAAGCGGCCCGACGCCGAUUGUGGGGUACAGCAGUCGCGGGACCUAGAUCGUCCUCUUUCGAUCCGUUCGACAACUUUUAUAAACUCGUCAACGAGCUGAUGGAACGACUUUACGAGGCUGGCGAGCAUGGAGACUUGAACGAACAUGCUACAUCUCUUCUUAAGGAAUGUGGCUCAUUCCUUGCACGCUGCAACCCGGAGCUUGUUUGUAGAACCGUGUCCAACUUGGAGAGUGGGCUUGCCAUGUGGAUCCGGGAUUCGCAGGGUAUUCUCAAGGCUCGCCAAAGCCCUGCCACGUCUGAAGCUGUUAUGCAACUCUGGGAGACUGUUUCAAAGAUCAUUUUGCCCAGCGGCAAGGCAGAAGAGGUCCAGCUCGACAACUUCGAAGAACUUGUCUGCGCUGCCUUUGAGAGCAAACACCGCCAUAUUGUCAACUCAGUUGCAGAGGCGUGGAAUCGGAUUUACGAGAAUGCGGAACGAAUACAAUACCCUGAACAUCUCAAGGCCGUCUUGCUAGCCGUCCAGCCGGUAGUAGACAUCGUUCUCCCAGGCUUGGAGAUUCCCAGUGUGGCGUCUACAGGCCAGAAUCGCUCGUUCGUCGAAUCGCAGGACGACAUUGAGAUGCUCAUGGCAUCCUCCACACGUUCAUCUCGUAACAGAUCUCAGCGACCGGCUACAUCCAACCAAUCAUCGCCUCUCAGCUCUGUCAAGCUGUCGCUCUCUGCGAAGAAGCAACUGGACGACACUACCCCUAAGAAGGGCCGUGGUAGGCCCCGGCGUAGUGCAGCAGCCAAAGCGCGAUUGAGACAUGACGAUUCUCAAAUUCAAUUCGCGCCUAUUGAGAAGUCUCCUUUGAAUCCAGCAGUCAAUGCCGAGUCUCAAGUCCUCACUGAACGCCAGAAAGAGAUCAGGGAGAGGCAAAAGGAUACCGCAGCCCUUUACCCAGAGUUGCGGUCUAGCCCUCAACAGCAACAACUACAGGUUACUGAUGAUAAGUCGGCCGCUUCUAACAAGGUCAUCGAGACCCCCAAGGAUGUGACGCCUAAGCGCAACGCUAGGUACGAAGAGUUUGUCAGCUCGACCCCGACACCUCGUCGAGGCCAGACAUUGGCUAUGGCAGACAAUGACCAGGAGAUGACGGAUCCUCCCUCUUCACCCCUAGAGCCCCGACCCUUCCCUCUGCUGCCUCAGAUCAAAUCCCGAUCUAGCAGCCGCAGUGAGCUAGAGAACUGGCAAUUUAGCUCCUCGCCAGUAUCUGGCUCUCCAUCUCCCGAUGCUGUCGUCAUGACUGAUGAGCCUACUGAGCUCAACUUGGCCGACAGCGCAACCUCCCAGCGUGUCUCUCAAACAGGCAGCCCGGACCUGUCAGCAGUAGAUGACUCGUUCCAGAUGGCCACCUCAAAUACCGUGGAGGAGCCGGAGCUGCCACCUCCUGCUUUCGAGGCCGCAAAGGGGACACUGCAAUCCGAGCAGUCUCAGCAGGAAAUCGCGGAAUCAUUUGCGGAAACUGUUCCUGGCCCCACGCCAUCAACUCCCAAGAAUAACCGAGUGACUGGCGUAGAAGAACCCAGAUCUGGUCAGGAAGUCUUCGUCGACGCGCCCUCAAGCCCGCAGCCCACAGUACUUACCAGGUCCGCCUCGCGCGCUGCUGCCAUCAAGGAUCGCUCCUUUGAAAUGAGUGACGGGGACGAAAACAGCAUGUUGAGACUUGUUGUCGAGCUCGACCGUAGGCGGUGCGAACUCCCGAUCAACGAUUACCCUGCCAUUUCCCCUCCAAAAUCUAAUAAGGGUCCCAGAAGCGCCAAAAAAGAAAAGCCCGCCGUGCUUGACUGCAUCACAGUCCGAGGUGAAGAUGACGAAGAGGAGGAGGACGGAGAAGAGGAAGAAGACGAGCCAGCGGAGCUUGCCCUCUCACAGGUCGAGACAAGAGCCCGUAAGAGCAAGUCCCGUUCCCCCGGAAGACCCUCAACUCCUGUAACUCGGUCGGCCGCUUCAUCCCCGGGCAAGUCAGCCAGGAAGCGAAAGAGGGGCGAUGCUCCCAACCACGAUACUCGCCAUAAGAAGAGGAAGUCUACCGACGCCUCCGAGAUUGUCGAGUCGUCUCAGAUCACCAUGUCCCCGGUGCUUGGGGAGGAAACCCCCCGCCGUCGUCGCAGUCAACGCAUCAACGCUAACGAUAGUCCUUCGAAACACUCCGUGGACCUGGAUGCCGAAGUCAACUCCCAACUGGUUAACGAACAGGAGGAGGCGGAUUUCCGAGCAAGUCAAUCAUUCGAGGAGCCGGAGCCGGAGCAGACGAUGAAGACAAACGAGACAGGAGAAGACUUUAUGGACGUCGAUGUCGCUGAUGUCACUGCUAUCAUCGACGCUGCCGACGCUCCUGUCGAAGGAACCACCAAGGAUGUGAAUAUGAUUGACAACCUGAGCGACGUCCUCGCUAGUCUUCGCUCUGUAGCGUUGUCACGGGAAGAGGUGUACAAGAUGGAGGACAUGCUCAUGGACAUCAAGAGAGAGCUCUUCGCCGCCGAGGCUCGUGGUCGGGUAUAA